UUUGGGUUUGUGCAGAGCCGGCGGUGGUCGUUAGGGAGCCCCGGUCCGAUAGUUUAAAGAGAUUAAAUUCGUAAGGAUGUUUUAAAGUCUUACAGAGGAUCAGGACUAAUUAAGUGUAUAAAAGCCGUUAGGAAGGAAAUUGUGACGGAGCGUACUGAAGCAAACGAUGGCCUUCGAUGCGUUAUUAAGGGAAUUGCUCGGUAACGCGCCAAGGCUUAGGUGUCAUCUGCGACGGGGACGCAGAGCUGCGCCGCCUCUUCCCGAGGAGCUGGCGACCGCCCGGCCCCAAGGGGGCGCUGUGAGCUCGCCGGCUCGCGGGCGGGCGCCGCCAUUUUGCCGCUGUGAAUAGGCGGGGGGAGGCCCCCGUGUGCCUGGCGCCUUUGUGCUCCGCGGCGUGCUCGCGGGGAGCUGAGGGUCCGUUCCGCUUGCUCCAUGCGCUAGGGUGUGGGGACUUCCCUUCGCCGUGGUAGAUCAGUGCUGUGGCACAGACUGCUCUAUUUUUUUUUUUUCUUUUUUUUUUUUUCACCCCCGUAUACUCAUAGGAUCGUAGAGUGACUUGGAUUGGAAGACGUGUUAGAGCCCACUCAGUUCCAACUCUUCGUUGUGGGCACGUUGCCCUCCCCCCAGAUGAGGCUGCCCAGGACCCCAUCCAACCUGAGGCCUUUAGGGGUGGGGUGCCAUAGCCCCAUGGCAGCUGUGCCAGGGCCUCAGCACUCUCACUGUGGAGUUUUCUCAUAAGAUCUAACCUAAUCUGUAAUCGCUGUGUGGUGUAGAUUGUUGAAAAGCACAUAGGCAAAUUAGUUGCCAAGAGGAGAUUUUGCUGAAACUGGGAUAAACUCUAGAUAAAGGUAAUUUUUUUGCCCAUACUUUUGUUGUAUUUCAGGAAUCAAUCCAUUGUAGCUGUUUGUGAAUCAGAGGAACACCUUAUCUUAGUCUACAAAAAUACUAAUGGUUUCUGCAGUGUUUGUACAGUUGCUUAUAUGUCAUACUUCAUUAUUUUGUUAGGCGUGUUACUUUAAAAAGCUGUUCUGAUCACAGUGACCUGAUACGUCAUCUGAAGGUAAACUGUGUUGAAAAUAAAUUGUGCCAUUGUCUGCCUGAGGAGAUGCCCUCCGACGAGAUAAAUUACCCAUGUUUAAAAUUAUGUGUGCACUCUCGUUCGUUGCAUGCAAACUCACUGCGUACAUAAUCACUGCAGCAUGAGGCAGAACAGCUGUCAUCUCUAGGCCUCCAUCAACAUUUAUGUAAUCAUCUUCUUUGACAGAAGGCUUGCUGAACUGUGGUGACACACUUGGGGGUGUGUGGAAGGCCAGGAAUGCUGAUUGGCUUACCUAUCGGUCUUUGAUUUUUUUGCUUCACAACCCACAUGAAACUCUGAAUCCUUCUCUGCAUUGCCAACUGCUUUCUUAACUACCUUUUCUGCAAGAUAAAUCCCAAACAAUAAGAGCAGUAAGAGCAGAUCCAAAAAGAGGCACAAUGAGAUCUGUGUCUUCCCUCUGACUGCUAUUCAUUUUGCAGCAGAGGUGUUUGAAAUACCACGUUGCUAAGAAAUAAAUGAGUGAUAGCAGCUUAAUCAUCCCAAGGAGAAGUUUUGCUUGAAGAGUAAUCCUAAGCAGUAUCUUAUUGUCAGAUGGAGAAAUCAUGACAAUAAAACAGUAUUUUAUUUUUCUUAUUUGAAAUAGUAGCCAGUCAGCCCACCAUAGUCCUUCUUGCGAGAUGCAGACAAAACCGUUAUUGUUAUUCCCCUAGGAAGUUUGUUGGAUGCAUUUAUGGAACUGAAUGCAACCUUGUGUGUUCCAUAAAACAGAAUUUGGGUUUUGCACAUGAUCCCUUGUUCACCCUUUGUCCACUGAGUAUGUAUAUAUUUGCAGAUUAAGGUACAUUUGAUUAAGCUUUGCUUGUCUGUGUGAUUUCAACAUAAAACAUGCAAAUAUACACAGUAGCUUGUCAACCAAAUCACAAGAGCUCAUCUAAUCAAGACUCCUGCAUAGAGGCUCCAUUCAAAAAGUUUCCUUUACAGGCUUCAUAGAAAUUUUGUUGCAGAGUUGGAUGUUUGUCAUAAUUCUUCACCGGAACAAAGUGUAUGCAUAGGAUGGCUUCUUUGCUUUCAGUUUAGUCUUUUUUUUCUUGAAGUUCAACCAAAAGGAACCUUUUUAAGAAUAGCAUAGAAUGCUUUAUAUUAUCAGCAAAUGCCAAGAGGUAAGGAAAGACUUCUCUUCAUUCCUUCUCUCAGUUUGUCAAGUGAUGACUGCUAGUUAGUGAGUUCCUAUAAGCAUCUGCUAGUAGUAUGUAGUGAGAAAGUCAGAAUAUUUUCAUAUUGGUUUAACUAUGUUAGCGGUUUGGCAUUAUGUGUUCUAUUAGUUGUCUGAAAAGAACCUUAUGUCUGAGCACACUCAUAUGUACUUUUCUCCUCUCUCUGUGAAACAUGGACUGAAAAAGCAUUUUCUCUGUAAGAUUGGAAGCCCCACAGAAAUAUGCUGGCAGAAGAACAAUUAAAUAUACAUUCUGUUGACAGAGAAUGGACUUUUCAUUGAAUUCAGCCUAUAGAGAUUUAGUUUAGCUGUGGUCUGCCAAGUCUUGUUGAUACCAUUUUAUCUCCCUUUCUCACCUCAGAGGACACACAGUUUGUUAGUCUGUGCAGCAAGAAUUUGUAUUUCAGCAUUUUUCUUUCUUAGCAUUUGCUCCUGUACCAGUGAAAAAUGAACAUGUACAAAAUACCCACAUGUGUGAAAUCCAAGGUACAAAUAGGAAGACUGCAUUUUUAUUUAAAAACAAAACAAACAAGCAAAAAAAAAAAAAAAAAAAAAAAAAAAAAAAGCUAAAAAACUCAAAAACUUGUUUAAAAGGAACUAUGUUCAGGGAUACUAGAGAAUUUAACAUCCUUUAUUUUUUGUGGCUUACUAAUUUUUAGAAAUGUGUGUGACACUUCUGCCUCCUUUCAUGAUUUCAUAAAGUUCGCAGCCACUUCUCUUUACUGGUGUAUUUAUUCUGCAUUUGGCAUCAGAAAUUUCUGGUUUUUCAUGGAAAAUGUUGAGCUUAUUGUCCCUUGUUCAUUAUUUUUCACUGCUCUCACCUCAUUUUUCAUGUGAGGAUUCUCGUAAGUAUUUAGAUUCCACCUUAAAUUGGAUAGAAGCAGCAUGGCUCUGGACAAGCUGUUGAGAGAUUUUUAAGAUUAGUGAGUAGUCUCUGUAUCCCUGAAAGAGAAAUUAAGAUGGGAAAUCCUUUUGAAUAGUUGCAGUGCUAAAGCCCCUAUCUUAAUCUUGUAUCUGGAAUGCAAUAGACAGGAGCUCUUAAUCAGUGAAGUAGGUCUUAUUCUGUGAUCACAUCAGUGGGUAGCUUACAUUAGCUGCCACACAAGGCAUUAACGUGCCUUAAGGUUGGGUGUAGAUUGGGUAUUGGUUGGGUAUGGUGUAUGAACAUUAAUACACAGAUGCAUAAAGGCAGCUGUUGGCUGCAACUGGUUGUGGCUAUCUCCUGCCUGGUUAUUUAAGUGGACGUGGCUGCAAAUGUGAGCUGAGCGCUGGUCUGAACUGCCUCUCAAGACUGAUCUUUCAAGAGUGGGCUGCCGAUGCCGAAAGCUACACUAAAAAGGCAUUUCUGUCAGAGGUUUUUUCUCAAUUUGAUCACCAGUCGUAGCUGUGCUCAUGACUGAGGCCAGACCGAAUGUGAGCAGGUGGAAGAGCACGGUUUUGACAGUGGAUCCAGAAGAAAGCACCCUUACUUCAGCUUUCCCUGUGUAGAUGCUUUGAUUACAAGUUGCUGUUAGUGAGUUUAUGUAAAGAAAGCGCAUGGACGGUAGGUUUGAGAAAUCAUUGUGCCCUACCCUCCUCUUACCCCGCACAGAUAGAACUGCAGUCAUAGAACCAUAGAAUUAUUGAGGUUGGAAAAGACUACUGAGAUCAUUGAGUCCAACACUUCAGCCCAUCCGCGCCGUGCCCACGAACUGUGUCCAUCCACGCCAUGUCUCCAUGUUUCCUGAAGACUUCCAGGAACAGUGACUCCAACCACCACCCUGGGCAGCCUGUUCCAACGCCCAACCGCUCUUCCAGUGAGGGCAUUUUUCCUAAUGUCCAACUUGGAAGUCCGUUCUGUUGAGUCACAUGAGGACAGAGGUCUUGUAGAAGCAGGUGUCCUCGUCAGAACAACCUGAUCCAGCCUGUGCUACGUGUGGACCCUGGUGCCUCAGUCUGACAGUUCCCAAACGGAGGUGCUGUCAUUCUGUGGACAUCUGGCAAUACAUCUCGCACAUCCCAGUACAUUUUCCCCCCAAACCAAUGAUCUUUCGCAGGGACAUGGGCCGUGCCUGCUGUCGGUGCAUGCAGUCAGUGUACGUGUGAACACAGGAACACAGAGACUUUCUCCCGCCGGGUACCAGAGCAGAGACGGCUCUCGUUGGCUGCAUCUGCUGUCCAUCACACCGCCGGGCGUGCGGGGCCGCGCAGCCCUCCCCAGCCCAGAGGAGCGAAUGUGCUCGGUGUGGAGGCAUCGGCCCUUCUCCAUGGAAAGAAACGCCGCACUUAAGUUGUUCGUUCUGUUCUCGUGUCUGGGCUUCGCAGCAGCUGUGGAACAAACGCUAGCCACAGUGGAUGGCAGUUCACAUGUAGUUUCAGAUCAAGAUUCUCUGCAAAGAACUGGUCGACGCUAUGAUGGUGGUGUGAAGCCAAAAUUGAAUGUAAAUCAAGUGGCAAUUGCACAGGUUGUCAGCUACAACUUGAGCAGAAAGGAGCAGCUGGAAAGACCAUCCUGGAGGCCAUUCACCCCCAGCCACUACAGCCCUCUCAAUGUCACAGUUAAUGGCAUCCCUUGCAUUCUCUUCUGGGCCAAGAGGAUCAUGAUUAAGUUUGAAAACCACACACAGCUGGAUUUGACAGAGAAGACAUUUGGUGUCCAUGCAACAGUGGAUGUUGGAGAUUCAAACUGCAGUGAAGACAAUGCAAUGCUUUCUCUGAAGUUUGGUGAUAUUGGAAAUCUAAAGGGUCUUGUUAUUAGAUUGUUACUAACAACCAGCUAUUACCAGCUGUCUGUUCAGAACUGGUUCAGCUUACAGAGACUGCAGCUUAUUUACAACCACUCCGUACAAGCAACGUUUAAUGCAACAAGAAUAUAUGCACCAGCAAGUUACUCCUUCCACUGUGAACACGUGAGCAGCUUGCAGAGAUAUGAUGCCCUCCUGAUACCGAGCUCUGCAAAUGAUGUUUCAAAGCUCUGGGAAGUUACUUUCAUUGAUUUCCAGAUUCAAGGUUUUAACAUUCAAGAAGGACAUUUUGCCUAUGCCAAAGAUUGUGCAUCCUUUUUCUCUCCAGCAAUUCUUAUGGGGUUGGUUAUGUCGCUGAUUCUGCUGCUGGUUCUCGCCUAUACUCUUCAUAUGUUGAUCCACCUGAAGUCUCUUGACAGGCAUCAAGAGUGCAAAGCUUCUCCUGCUUAUUUUGCACAAAUGAAAGACAGUGACAUGGCAGAUGAGAAAGAGCCACUGAGAAGUAGUGGAAAUGAAUCCUAUGAACUUACAAGCCAGCAGUUUUGUAAAAUCUAUAUUUAGCAGCAUGUUGUAUCUGUCUCAGUGGAACAAUGAAAGUGGUAUUUUUUUUCUACUGGCCUCGUUCUGUGCAGUUUGUGCAAAUUUUUCACCAACCAAUGAAAAGAAAAAUAGAUAAUAGACUGUUUAUUUAAUUUAUCGUGUUAUUUAUUGAUAGCCAUCUCAAAGUUUCCUUUGAAAGCAGGACAAGAGAAAAAGAUUCCAGUGUGAAUAACAGAUACAAUGUGAUAGGAGUUUAUUACUGUAGUACAAGACCAAAAUGCAUACCUUUGCAGCCAGCUUACUGAUUUCUGAAGAGAAGAAUCACUAAUGGAAUUUUUUUGAAGUCAAAUAAAGAGAUAAAAAAUAAUAAAAAAAAAUCUCUUGGC